AUGCAGCUGAAGGCGAUGGGCAACCGUCGCCUAUGCAGGACCGUGGACCGCUGUACUGAUGAUAUACCAAUUUGCUGUGCUGAACCGAAGAGUACAGGCGAUGGUGCAGUGGCACAGUAUAAGAAACUCUCCUUCGAUCGUAAAGGAGGAUAUUGCAGGUUCAGAGAUGAUACUGGUCAUCAAGUGAGUCCUCCGAACCAUACGACUGCGAUCGUCGAGAGGAACACACAUGUGUCGGUCGGGGAGGUCCUAAUCUGGUUCUCACUCUGUAUGAGAUUAUCCCCGUUUCACUGUUGCGGAAAGGCGGCACAGAGAGUACACUGCGCUGAGGCUUCGGACCAUGCUGCUAUUGCCGAUCCGGAAGACGUGAACCUCAUGCUUAUGAGGUACGACCGGGUAACGGCUCGGAUAUUGAAUAAGGGUACUGUGCAUGAGUCACGGCAAGCUAUGCAGCGGUCCUCAUUCCCUCAUUUCCUGCCGCUCUUCGAUUCUAUAAGGAGGGCUCUAGCAUGCUCCCGAGAGAGUCCGGAUGUAGUUGAGCGUUACGAAGAAAUGUUGAUGCGGUUACGUCGUGCUGCCGAGUACAUGAUGUCUGCCCGAGUGAACGCCUUGCCCUUGGAGGUUCUUCAACUCGUACGAGUUUGGCGAGAGUACUGUUGUCAUCGAUUUGCCUGGGCACUUAUCUCUAUGAGUGAUAUUCAAUGGCUCCAGACUCAGCUCAUGGGGAAGUCUAAUAAAGCGUAUCAUCCCCUGACCAUCCUCGACCCUUUGGCCGGUACAGGCUGGCAUUGCUAUCUUAUGCGAAGGCUAGGUUGGACAUCACGUUUCGAGGUUUCUGAUUCUCACCCUGCAUCACCCUCUCUGUUGUGGGUCACACCGGUGUGUGCUCGAGACGCGUUGGAAUCGGUCCGUGGUAUGCCGAGAGCGGACGUCUUGUGGUUGAGUUGGCCACCACAUGAGCCGCAACCUAUUGCCCUUAGUCUCCUUAAUGCCUUUUGUGGCUGUACUGUAAUUUACAUUGGGGAAUGGCCGGCUGCAAGCACUACCUCGGUAUCACAGGGAGCUCGGAUGUUUUUCGAAGCUCUCCGAUCCGACUGGAUCGAGAAAGCAAGGCGGAAGGCGGAGGUCAAUUGGCCAGGGUAUGAGCAAGAGCUGGUAGUGCUCGAGAGAAAACGUCAUUCAUUGGCAUCGUCAAGGUUUGUUGUUGGGACCUGCGGUGAUAUAAUAUGCAUCCCACACUUCCGUGCUUGGCAACGAAAACAACUACAGCGCUGCAGGCAGACAGUAAACCAGUGCCCAGUAUGUACAAAAAGUGGCAUUCGGUUCCGUGUAUCCAUGAAUCCAUCUGAGCUGAUGGCCCUCCAGAGCAACGGUUCCUCCUUCAUUGCGCUCUUGGGCUACGAUGUCAAGUAUGCGUUCUAUAUUGUUUCAGCAUUCGCACACGUGAAGCAAGCCCUUAGAUUUUGGGAGCAUCACCAUGGUGCUUCCUCCGUUGAAAACGGCAGCUCUUCCCGGAAUCGACUUCAAACGCGACAAGCGGACGAGUCCACGAAGCUUCUCGAUACUCUGAGAGCGAUCGAACAGAAGAAGACUGAUCUUGCAUGCAAGAUUGAGGAGUCUCGCAAACAGACUGCUAAGUUGAACGCACGAAUAGAAGUCCUGGAAAGAGAGGAAGAAAAGCAAAGGAGGAGGGCCGCUAGAGAACUGCAUCAAAGACAACAGGAUCUCGGGAGCCGCGGCUUCAACCGCAACCAGCUUAGCCGCCGCCAGGGAGUUGCUUUGGGAGCCCCGAGCGCCGAAUCGAUGCAACGCACCUGGAGGCAGCAUCAGCCAAACACGAGUUCGAAUGCUAUCAUGAGACCGACGCAUGGAGCACGCAGUAGCGUUAGCCACUGCAGUGGUACCCUCGAUGAGGAUAUCCUACGGAAGCUCGGUACUGGAGAACGUGGCGAUCUAUCAUCUCUGAUGGUGGCAACCAACAUGAGGCGAGACUCUAAUACCUGGUAUAUAAAUACCCUGUAUGUGCGGCAUGAUUUUGAAGAGUGCCUCCGGAUCAUAGAGGAGACCUUGUCGGAAUCUAAAGGGCUCAAUCAGCAUGCUCUAUAUUACAAAGCCCUUAUUCAUCAGCAACAAGGGCACAUACAAAGUUCCCUCCAGCUCUUCCAGGCGGCAGCGAGUCUAGAUCCUCUGAACGUAGACUAUCUGAAGCAUGUGGCAAAGAACUUGUCCUUCCUAGGGCAGCACCAAGCCGCUAUAGAGAUAUAUUCGGAGGCUAUGAAACGUGAUCCAGACGAUUGGGAAUUGCACUAUAACAUCGGUGUGUGUCAGAAAUACUUAGGCAAUUACUCGCUGGCAAUCAGCAGCUUCCGAGCUGCCAAUGACAUCCAGCGUCAUGAUACCACCUACAUUGAACUGGCAGAGAUGCAAGCACGUCGCGGAGAUAGUCAUGCUGCCAUCGAUACCUAUACCGAAGCCCUCGAAUUCUCGCCAGAGAACGCGAAAAUUUUAACUAGAUUGGGCGUUCUGCUACUGAAGGCAGAUGAUAGCUAUAAGGCGUUCGAGUGCCUCGGGAAUAGCCUGGUCUACGAUCCAAAGGACCCUCGGACAAUACUGGCCGCAGGGAGUGUCAUACAAGACCACGGCGAUGUUGAUGUCGCAUUGGUGAAAUAUCGUGUGGCAGCAGUGCAGAUCCCUUCAAGUGCAGAACUGUGGAAUAAUGUCGGCAUGUGUUUCUUUGGUACCUUCGAGGAGAAGCAGAAGCUAGUAGCAGCAAUAGCUUGCCUUAAGAGAGCGAUCACACUUGAGCCUCAACGGUGGAGAACACAAUUUAACCUCGGCCUGCUCCACUCGUGUACGGGCCAGUACGCCUCGGCCUUCACGUUCUUCUCGGCUGCUCUCAACCUGGAUCCUAAGCACCCCCUCAUUUACAUGCUUGACGACUAUACGAACUCGUGCAAUGCAUAUGCUAGAGCGAUUGCCGCUGCACCUUCAUGCGAGUCACAACGAAGGACGCUUCUGCUCCUGUCCCAGAACUUCUCCUUAGCGGUCAUACGGACGAUAGCAAAGAACCCUUCCCAGUGCACUCAGACUAUCACUCCCCAGGUCAGCUGCCAUUCGAUGAGCGAUGGCGUGGCUGCGCAGUCAGAUAUGCGGUCCCAAUUGGACUUGGUUUUGGGUGGUGGUUUAAACAGCAAAGCCGGAAUCGAACACUAG